UGUUCUGUAAAUUGUCUAAAUCUAAUCAUCGUGAUCGUGCUAUUCGUGGUUGUAAGUUUUAUAUUCUAUUUUACAAAGUUUACUGUUAAUAUUUCUGUACAAGAAAAGAAAAUUAAAACAUUUAUUUUAAAAUGAGUCCGUGGCCGGAGGUAUUAACGGCGAAGACCGAAAACAGACACGAAAUUAAAUUGGCGGGAGGUAACGUUUCGAAACGGAUUUCUGAAGAUGGUCUAGACAAAACUUUAUUUCAGUUAACCAGUUUAAAUCUAUUAAAUAUUAGUGAUACAUGUUUAUCUUCCAUUCCGGAUGAAAUUAAACUUCUCACUAAUCUGCAAUCGCUCCUUCUAUUCGGAAAUAAAUUAGAACAGUUCAAUGAAAACAUAACCUCUCUGUCCAAGUUAAAAGUGCUCGAUUUGUCCAGGAAUCAGUUGACUUCAAUCCCAGAGAGCUUGAAUAAAAUGAAAGAAUUGACUAGUAUUAAUUUUAGCUCUAAUCAAAUUGAGAUUAUGCCAAAGCUAGUUGAUUUUCCUAAUCUGAUUAAUAUUGAUGUGUCAAACAACAAAUUAACGGAUUUCUUGGACGUGGAGAAUGCCAAUUUGCCUCACCUUACCGAUCUAAAUCUCAAAUCGAACGCGAUAGAGUCUCUUCCAAGCUGUUUUGCUCAUAGCUUGGCGUCUUUGAAGAAUUUUGAUAUGGGAGAAAAUAAGUUGAAGGUGAUACCAGGAGAGCUCGCUUCUCUAGCAAAAUUAAAAGAGUUGAAUUUGAAAGGAAAUAAAUUAUCAGACAAGCGAUUGAUGAAAUUAGUAGACCAGUGUCGUACCAAACAAGUGUUGGAUUACAUUCGCGAACAUUGUCCUAAAUCUUCUCAAACACAGCCCGUUGCUGGGAAAGGUAAAGGAAAGAAAGGCUCAAAGAAACUAGAAGAGCUGCCACCAGCAGAGGAUAACAGCUGUGACCUUUAUCAUUCAUUGAAAAUCAUACAUGUGGAAGAUGAAAUACCAAAAGUUAAGAUAGUAGAGGCUGAAGUGAAUUCUGUUCGGCCAUACAUCUUGUGUUGUAUAGUUACUGAUUUGUACAUGACACAGGCACUAUUUAAGAAAUUCAUCCAGAUGCAGACAAAGUUACAUGAUACAGUUUGCGAUAAACGUAAUGUAGCCACAAUUGCUACACACGAUUUGAAUAAAAUUGCACCAGGUGACCUAGUGUACACAGCGAAACCACCUUCAGUGUUGAAACUGAUCCCAUUGGCAAGGCUAAAGCCCUACACAGGAGAGCAGUUGUUCCAACAGCUUACUGCAGAAGCUGAUGCACUAAGAAAAGAAAAGAAGAGGAAUGUUUACUCUGGAAUUCACAAGUACCUGUAUCUAUUGGAAGGCAAGCCGAAAUAUCCCUGUUUUGAGGACACAAGCGGCAAGGUCAUUAGUUUCCCACCCAUUACUAACUCUGAUGAAACAAAGAUGUCAGUUGAGACGAAGAGUAUGUUGCUAGAGGUAACGUCAAACGCGUCGCUCGGCGCCUGCAAAACUGUCAUGAAUAAACUUAUUCAGGAAUGUCUGAUGCUCGGCAUCGGUGACAAUCCUGAUGAACCAGACGUCACUUAUCACAGCCUGACUGUUCAGCAGAUGAAAGUUGUAGAUUUAGAAGGCAACCUCAAGAGCGUUUAUCCGUCAAGAACCGACUGUGUCUACGAAGACUGCAACGAUAUAAAAGUUUUCCGGCUGCCGAAGAAAUAAUAACCUUACUUACAAAGAUACAGAUUACAUUUUAGAAUGUCUCAAGAAGUUACAGCCUUAACAUAGUUCAGUAAGAUUUAUUUUUCUUUCUAAGAUUUCCUCACUGGUUAUUUGGGAUUAUUAGAUUUUUUUUUUCGUAAAUUUCCAUUAAAAGAAGAAAACAACUUGGUA